AUGUCAAACCCAAAAUCUUCCACUUGUGCCCUGCCUGGCAUGUCCAUAUCCAAACCCGGCCCAACCGCUGCCCAUGAUGCCGCAAUCCUGGAUAAUAAGAAGUCGCUGAGUGGGCUAGAGAUGCAUAACAUACUAUUCUUAGCCGAGGGUGCGAUUGAUCAACUGUGGAUCCUCAAGCUGAAACUCACCUCUAUUAACAAUCAAGCAGAAUCACAACUUGGAUAG